GGGAAGUACGUUAUACGACCUUCGGAUUCCUCGCAGAGCCCAUGUUUGUUUCCCUCUCUCCCCCUCUCCCUCUCUCGCUCAUUCUCUCCUCGUCUCAUCUAGAAUCGAAGAAAGCUCGGCUUUGGUGGAAGUGGAGUUUGUGCUGUGAAAAAAAGUGAGAUCGACGUCAGAUUUAUGCAGAAGAACACAUCAAUUUUUGGGAAUCAGGACAAUUAGGAGUGCGAAAACAAUAUCUAAAUAUGGCUAAAGGAGAUAUUUCUGCUUUAAAAGAAGCUCUUUGCAACCAAAUCCUCAUCACGAAGAAACUCUAUGUUGAGCUAGAGGAAGAAAGAGAAGCUUCCGCAACUGCAGCCACUGAAGCCCUAUCCAUGAUCCUUCGCCUUCAGAGAGAGAAAGCUGCAGAGAAGAUGGAAGCUUCUCAAUACAAGAGAAUGGCAGAAGAAAGGAUAAACCACGCUGAAGAAUCCUUGAACAUUCUUGAAGAAAUCAUUCAGCAAAAAGACUUGGAGAUCCAAUCUCUCCAAUUUCAACUCAAAUCUAACAAGCAAAACAAAACAAAUUUGGGCAUCAAAAUUCCAGAUUUUGCAGAGUUGAUUCUUUCUGAGAACAAAUCAUGUUCUAAUGGUAUUUCUAGAAGGAAUGCUUCCUUUCCUUCACUUUGUGGCGAAGAUAUUUGUUCUGAUAAGAGAUUUGUUGAUGAUGAGAGCCCCAUAUUAUCUUCAUGGAGAAGGAUUGGUGAGAAUGAAGAAGACGACUUUCAGAAAUAUGAAACUGAAGAAUCCAGCAAGAAUUCACCAGUUGGCUCUUCUUGUUUUAGCGUGAUGAGCCAUAAGAUUCAAAGCAGGUCUUCCCCUAUUGGCUUCAUAGGUUCCUGGUUUUCUACACCUAGUACUGAUUCUAGUGAAAGAGGAGGUGUGAAGUCAGAUAAGGAAGCCAUAGGAAACAAUGAAAAUGCUUCAAGCCUGGAAAGAACAUUUAAUGGAAAGGUGAAGUAUUAUGCCUUAUUCCAUGAUUUAUUUGAGGUCCCAGAGACCCACAAAAGUUGCAAUUCAGGUGAAUUUUGUAAGAAACUAUUGCAGGAUACAAACUUUGAGACUAAUUCCAUAAUUAGAAUGCCGGAGGAAGCUGUAGAUUACCUUUUUGAAGAUGACGAACACCCGAACAAAAAAUCCAUGGAUUCUGAUAUUGAACAGCUUAGAAGAAGACUGCAGAAGCUUGAGGAUGAGAGGGUUAUCUUGCAGGAGGAUUCUGAAAGUGGGAAGAAGCAGAUGAGGGAGAUGUUAAAGCAACUGAAUGCAAUAGAGACUCAUAUAAAAAUAACAUCAUCCAAGAAGAGUUCUCCUGCGGUUGAGUCCUCAUUGGUCUCGAUAAUAGAGCAGGCAGUCCUAUCAUUCUCUAUUUAGUGAAGUCAAUUGAUACAUUCUCAGCUGGCACUUCUCACAUCAACUUUAAAUUUUAAGAGAUUUACUUCAUUAACUUAGUCUACAUCAAACAUCUUCUUAAAGGGAUGCUUCUUUGACUGCAUUAAUUGUGACAGGGGAACUGCAUAUCUUUAGGGAAUACUCUUUUUUAUUAUUAUUUUUUUAAUUUUUUCAUUUUAUAUGUUUUCUCAUUAU